UCGAAACUCGCUAGAAUUUGACGCCGCUAGCUUCUUCUCAAUCGACAACUCGAACAUCUCCACUUUCCACCACCACAAUCGAAUUGUUUUUCCAACUCCCCUCGAUCCUCCCUCCUCCAGUCCUUCUCCUCGAGACCGCUUUUACGUUCGGACAUCCUGUUCCUUUCUAAUAUUGUUGUGUUUGGAUUUCAUCGAGAUAUUCCUCCCUUCUAGAACUUUCCCGAGACGGCACCCUUCGGUCCCAGAAAAAUCGCGUUCGAUAUCCGGUAACAGGACUCGACGGCUCGACAAUCUCCUCUCAAACCAUAUCCGAUUCUGGCAGUAUUGAGCACGAGCACGCCACUGCUCUUGUAUUAUAACUCCGCCUGUGUUGUGUCUCAAAUUCACCAUUAGCGCCGACCUCCAACUCCCCUCCUAAUCCGCGAGGCAGACAGUAAAGUCUUCCUCACUCCGCAUCCCUUCUAGCACCAUGGCGACCAACGGCACCUUCUCCCAACAGGAGCAGUACAAGAGUGGAAGUGAGCAGUACACAGCAACCUCUGUUCCGGCUGACUCCACUACCGGAAGCACCUCUGGCAAUGAUCUCUCCAAGGACGAGGUUGGCUGGUACUUUGUCGAGCAGUACUACACCACGUUGAGCAAGUCGCCAGAGAAGCUUCACCUGUUCUACGGGAAGCGCUCUCAGUUCGUUUCAGGCCUCGAGGCUGAAGUAGCUCCAGUUUCUGUAGGCCGGAGUGCUAUUCAAGAACGUAUCCGUGAACUCGAAUUCCAAGACUGCAAAGUCCGCGUCUCCAACGUCGAUUCUCAAGCCUCCUUCGACAACAUUGUUAUUCAAGUCAUUGGUGAAACAUCAAACAAAUCUGCCGAGCUCAGAAAGUUCGUUCAAACCUUUGUUCUCGCGCAACAACCUACUGGCUACUUCGUCCUGAACGAUAUCUUCCGAUACAUCAGUGAAGAAACCGAGGAGGAGCCUGUUGAAGGAGCAGCUCCCGCGGAGGAAACCGCGGCUGGCCCCUUGGUCGACGAUGUUGAGAUGCCAAAGGCGCAGGCUGCUACUGAGGAACCCGCUGCUCCUUUGGACGCCGGCGAGGUUAACAAAGAAUUGGAAGAGACUGCCGAGGCUGCAACAGUUACUGCUGAUGUUCCUGCCACCAAUGGCACUACUGAGACCACUGCUGAGGCCGAGGAAGCCCCAGCAGCUGCUACCAAGGCUGAAGAGCCAGCUCCUACCCCCGAGGUUGCGGAGAAGGCUGCCGAAGAAGAGGCCAAGAAGCCAGAGACGCCAGCUGAGCCAACUCCAAGCCCAUCAGUCACUCGCGAGCCAUCCACCAAGCCUACCGCCGCUGCCCAACGUGCCGCCCCACAGAAGCCCUUGACGUGGGCCAGCCGCGCAGCUGCAGCUGCAGGUCCUCCUAAGCCUGCUGUUCCAGUUGUUGCCCCUAAGACUUCUACGCCUCCUGCCCAGACACGCACUGCUCCCCCAGCUGCUCAACCCGCCAAGUCCGCCCAAGCUCAGCCUACCCCAGGUCCCACUCCCGCCGAGAAGGACAAGGAGAACGCCAACCCAUCUGGUGGAUGGCAAAAUGUUGGAAGUGAUCAUGCCAAGAGACAAAACAGACCUCAAUCAAUCUCUGGCCCUCCUGAGAAGGAAGGAACCAUGGGUUACGUGAGGAAUGUUACUGAAAAGGUUCAGACUGAGGAGCUCCGUGCUGCUUUGGCUUCUUUUGGCCAGCUGAUCUACUUCGAUAUCAACCGCGGAAAGAACUGUGCCUUCGUUGAGUACGCUACUCCUGAGGGAUACCAAGCCGCUGCUGCUGCGAACCCUCACAAGCUCGGGGGUGAGGAUAUCUAUGUCGAACCCCGUCGCCCCAAGGCUAAUGCAUAUGGCGGAAAUGGUUAUGCUACACGCGGAGGAGUCAGCGGACGUGGUCGUGGCGGGUUCGAACAAAGUCGAACAGGAAGCCAGGGACGAGGCAAUUUUGGACAGAAUCGUGGACGUGGGGGUGCUCCUCGAGGAGGUCGUGGCACUAGCCAGGCUGCCAAUGCAUGAACUCAUACCUAGACAACACCUUCGAUCGCAAGACGCCGACUUCUGUCCUUCCUUACAGGGCCACGAACACUCGGCGGUGUACCAUACUCCGACUACGGCGUCAUGAGACCAAGACCUUUGUACUCUAUCUGCUCUCGUCAUUCUCAGCCGUCUUUUCAUUUCUUCUCGCAAAAGUUCAGCACUCUCGGUUAUUCGGCAGCAGUUAUCAUUAAGGUAUUCUGCUUUUACGCUCUGCACUGCGUGGGCUGUUUUGCAUUUUCACUAAAACGGGACACGGAAUGGGCUGCGGAUUGAAUUUCAUUUUGACGAAUUUCCCACCAAAAAUCUAUGAUUUUGAGCUUUUUGUUGGCAUGGAUUGCGUCAUACAUCGAUUUGAUUCCCCCUUUUUCCUGAUCCGAAUUGCAUAGCAUGUUUCUGGCUUCUUAUGGGUGGGUGAGAAUGGAUAGCGUGGAUUG